UGCUCUCAAAAUCCAAAAAAAUGAACCCCCCUUACCCCAAUGUCCAACACUUCAGGAACCUCAAGUACCAUGAUCAUGUAUGCUUUGUCUCUGCAAUGAUAGAUGAGCUUCAAAAAUGAAUCAUUUUCUUUCCAAAUUAUAGAAGAAAAAACUCAAAGAAAUGCCAAGUGGGGAAGAUAAGUGUGACAUCUAAUUGCACAACGAGACCAAAAAGAGAUUUUUUAUUAUUGUAAGAAACUUUAGGAAAGGUUUUUUGUAUUUUACCCUUCAUUUUAUUGCGAUGCAGGGUCGCUUCCAAGUUCCAACUGCUUAGCCCGGUGGUGGGAAUGAUAAAAGUGCUUCUGGCCACUUCUUUUGGCACCGCCUAUUGGAAGCUAUGGUUAAUUAGAACUUAGAAGACAGACAUUGAUGAUAUAUAUUGUGGUUGAUUGACUUUCAACUUGUUGGUUGCAACACCUGCAUGGGAUCUGGUUCCUGAAGGAUUUCUUCAAUCUCUUUUCCAUUUGUUUGAGGUGAGGUAUGUUGUACAAACUAAACUAAAUAGAGUGGGGACAUCAAAUAUGGCCAUGAAAGAUCACCACAUCAAGAAGAAUAGUAAUCUUUCAUUACGUCGCUACACAUUCUUUCUCUUUAUCUCUGUCUUCUGCUUUGUUUCGCUUGCCCUCGUUUUCUCAGAUUUCAGAGGUUCUACCACCAAGAUGCUUGUUUCGUACAAAAAUAAUCGAGAUUUUGAAAUCAAAGAGAGAGGAAUCCCACAAAUUGAGAAUUCAGGAUUAUGUGAUUAUUCAGAUGGGAAGUGGAUCUAUGAUCCAAAGUUUAGAACUUCACUGUAUGCCAACUCAUGUAAGGAGGUCUUUAAAGGCUGGAAUUGCAUUUCCAACAAUAAAUCCAACGCCCAAGAUAUCAUGAACUGGCGUUGGCAGCCAAAAGGUUGUGAUCUUCCACCAUUUGAUCCGGUUUGGUUUCUCAAGCGCUUCAGCAACACCAACAUCGGAUUUGUUGGUGAUUCAUUAAAUAGAAACAUGUUCGUUUCUCUUGUUUGCACUCUAAAACAAGUGUCACUAGAAGUAAAAAAGUGGCGGCCUGCUGGAGCAGAUCGUGGGUUCACCUUUCUGCAGUACAACCUUACAGUUGCAUAUCAUCGAACUAAUCUUUUGGCACGUUAUUCUAGAUGGUCAGCUGAUGCUAAUGGUGGUGUGCUAGAAUCCUUUGGGUAUAAAGAAGGUUUCAGGGUGGAUGUUGAUGUUCCAGAAGGCACUUGGGCAAAAGCUCCAAGCUUCCAUGAUAUUCUUAUCUUAAAUACAGGCCACUGGUGGUGGGCACCUUCAAAGUUUGACCCAAUUAAAUCACCAAUGCUCUUUUUUGAGAAGGGUUUGCCUGUUCUACCUCCCAUAACUCCUGAGAUUGGCCUAGAUAUGGUUCUAAAGCACAUGAUACUUUUUGUGGAGAAAACAAUGCGGCCAACUGCAAUCAAGAUCUUCCGGACACAAUCCCCAAGGCAUUUUGAAGGAGGUGAUUGGGACAAAGGUGGUUCUUGUCAAAGAUUACAGCCUUUGUUGCAAGAACAGGACUUCUUGCAAUACAUUGCUCGCACACUUUUUGUCCUUUGCAAAGUUAUCCUCUCAGCUGUAACUGGUGGUGGUUCGAGACAGGAAUCUCAGCAAACUGAUCAGAUACCCUCUACAUCUACAGAUGCCUCCAGAAAGGAGAUGAUGAGUGUUCCACGGGAUGAAUAUGAGCGGUUCAUUCAGGGUACGUCUCAGCAGAACACGGUUACCCUUGCACACUCAAAUAUGGCUUKUCUGGCAUCCAAACCUUCCCAUUGGAUUAUAGAUUCUGGAGCUUCCAAUCAUAUGACUAGGACUCCAG